CUGUUCCGGUUUCCGUCUAUCAAGGGAACUGUCGAAUUCUUAUUUUAGAAAUAUAUGGGAAGGACCUGGUAUGUGAAACGACUAUACAGCCAUGUGGAUGCAAAGUGGUUUCUGUAAGAUUUGAUGAACUAAUGAUUUUAGAAAGCAACAAGUGUCAAAAGGAAAAUUACGACACAAGGUUAUUGUGUACGGCAAGCUUGACGUGGACGUUGUCAACAGCAAUGGCGGAAGCAGAAGUAUCGCAGGGCAGCUGGGAACGGGACCUAGCGGAAGCUUUGGACUCAGGAGGGUGUGACCUGGAGACUGUGAGGAAUAUCAUCCAGGGCCAAGUGCUGCCCGACCCUCAGAGACCCAAAAUAUGGAAGAUUGCUCUGAAUGUGGCAGGGAAAGGAGACAGCCUGUCUUCCUGGGAUGGGUCUCUGGACCUGCCUGAGCAGACCGUAAUCCACAGCAGGUGUCAGCAGCUGAUUGAUCAGUUGGAGGUGCCUGAGGAGGAGCAAGAAGGCAUUCUGGCUGACGUAGAGUCGGUCAUUACCUUCUACUGCAAAUCCCGGAGCAUCACCUUCACUUCAGAGCUCAGCUGGCCAGACCUGCUCAAACCCCUGCUGGGCCCGCAGCUGCCGCGCAGUGAUCUCUACAACUGCUUCUACGCCAUCAUGAACAAAUACAUCCCCAGGGACUGUGUGUCGAAGGGCCGACCUUUCCACCUGUUCCGGCUCCUGCUGCAGUACCACGAGCCCGAGCUCUGCUCCUUCCUGGACACCAAGAAGAUCACUCCCGACUCCUACGCCAUCAACUGGCUGGGCAGCAUGUUCGCCAGCCACUGCAGUCCUCAGGUGACUCAGGCCAUGUGGGACGUCUACCUGCAGCAGGCCGACCCCUUCCUCAUCUUCUUCCUCAUGCUCAUCAUCCUCGUCAACGCAAAAGAUGCCAUCCUCUCCCAGGAACUGGACAAUAAAGAGGACAUUAUCAAGAUGUUGGAGGGCUCCCCCGCUCACCUGGAGACCGAUGACAUUGAGGACCUGUUCUCUCUGGCUCAGUACUACUACAGCAAGACCCCUCUGUCUCUCAGGAAGGAGAACCAGAACUUGUUUGGAAGCAGCCUGGUGGCUCUGAAGGAGGAAGACAUGGACUUGAGCCAGGCUCUGUGUCUGCCUGUGUCUGUCCCAGAGAUCCUGCAGGCCAAUCAGUUGCAGCCGGAGGGCGUGCGGUUCUUUGUGGUGGACUGCCGUCCAGCGGAGCAGUACAACGCUGGCCACCUCUCCACUGCCUUCCACCUGGACUCUGACCUGAUGCUACAGAACCCCUCUGAGUUUGCGCUGUCGGUGAAGUCCCUGCUGGAGGCGCAGAAGCAGUCUCUGGAGUCGGGCUCCGUCGCCAGCGGGGAGCACCUGUGCUUCAUGGGCAGCGGCCGCGAGGAGGAAGACAUGUACAUGAACAUGGUGCUGGCCCACUUCCUGCAGAAAAACAAGGAGUAUGUCAGUAUUGCUAAAGGUGGUUUCAUGGCUCUGCAGCAGCACCUGGCUGACAUUAACGUGGAGGGCCCAGAUAACGUGUACGUCCACUGGAUCGUGAGCACUUCAGGGUCUCACGGCAGCCUCUGCUCCCCCGAUGGCGAGACCAUGAACGGCGUUGGGGAUGGCAAAGGUGUGAAGUCUCUGGUCAAUAAGAUGACCUUUGCCCUCAAGUCCAAGUCUGUGAAUGUGAAGGAGAAGGUGAUCAGCUUCAUCGAGAACACUUCGGUGCCGGUGGACAGAAUGUCUUUCAAUCUGCCCUGGCCAGAGAAGGGGAUUCUGGAUCGACAUGUGAGCAGCAGCGACCGGGUAGGGAGGCCCUACAGGGGGGUCAAACCCGUGUUCAGCAUCGGGGAUGAGGAGGAGUAUGACACGGAUGAGAUUGACAGCUCGUCCAUAUCGGACGACGACCGCAAGGAGAUCGUAAACAUCCAGACCUGGAUCAACAAGCCAGACGUCAAGCACCACGUGCCCUGCAACGAAGUGAAGGAGACUGGCCACAUGUUCCCCAGCCACCUCCUGGUGACGGCCACGCACAUGUACUGCCUGCGGGAGAUCGCCUCGCGGAAGGGCUUCGCCUACAUCCAGUCCCGGCAGCCGCUCAGCUCGGUGGUGAAGAUCACCUCCAAGAAGAAGCACCCGGAGCUCAUCACCUUCAAGUUCGGCAACAGCAACACGGCCGGCGUGGAGAUCAUGGCGGUGGAGAGGUACCUCAUACCGAACGCAGGCGAUGCCACCAAGGCCAUCAAGCAGCAGAUUAUGAAGGUGCUGGACGCUCUCGAGAGCUCGUAGCUCCAAGGUGAACAAGUGCACCCCUGCUGGCGGCUAGAGGAACUGCAGAGGAGAGAAUAGUGGCCUGCGGUGUUGAUUAUAAGUCCCCACCUGUAAAUGGGCAUCCUGGUCCCACCUGCCAGACUUUACACCCGAGGAGCUGCGCGGUCGCAUGCCACACGUCAAAUUGAUCCUUCCGACCUUUCGUCAAAAAAUAAUUUAAAUAAUUUUUUUGACCGUUUAAAUGUCCAAAGUUAUUGCAAGAUGGAGUAUAUUAUAACAGUUAAGCUGUAACCUAUCAUUAUUUUUAAGGCAUCUGCCUAGCCUUAACAAACACAAAUGUGAAGCAGCUCUGUACUCCGCGACUGGCAAAUGUAUAGGCAGGGAGGUAUUGACGGAAGAGAGGCUUCAGUUACUGUGGAGAACUUCAUAUAGGAAGGUCAGUCACUGACCACUUUCUUUUGUAUCUUAUUUAAGCAUAAAGCGAUUUGCUGUCUGUGAAUGCUAGAUGGCAGAACUGAAAGCGAUUUGCUGUCUGUGAAUGCUAGAUGGCAGAACUGAAAGCGAUUUGCUGUCUGUGAAUGCUAGAUGGCAGAACUGAAAGCGAUCUGCUGUCUGUGAAUGCUAGAUGGAAGAACUGAAUAGACAUUUGUGUCUGACAGUUUUUUCAGAGAGCUGUAUUUAGGGGAGGGAGGGGGUUGGGUGUUGUCUACAUUCCUUCCUCUCACCCAGACUGUCUUAACACUGGGUGGUGAGAGUGCAGCAGUGUUUGCUCGGCAUACUGGUAACCCCUGAACACAGUCUGAAUGACCACAUGACAACCGGUCCCGGUGUAGCCGCGGGUGUAGCGAAGCCACUGAGUUUGACUGAGAAUAUUAAGACGCGUUACCAAACAUGACCUUUCCUCCAAAAAAAAAAAAGAGAUAGAAAUAGUCUCAAGUUUGGUAGCAACUGUACGCAAAAAGGUGUAUGUUACCUUAUGGUGUUCAUCAUCUGUCCUCCAUUCACUAUUUUGGGUUAAGUUUGUGACGGCUGUUUUAUCUUUUCUUACACGCCCUUGGCGUUUAUUUUUCAGCUUCUAGCCUUAACCUUGAAACGAAGAGGGUUUGGUUGAAUUAUCUCUGUACUGUAUAUACUGUAAACGUUGUGUUAUAAAUUAUGACAACGGCAUAACUUUCCGGGGGGGGAGAAAAGCGCAUACGGAGGGUGGGGCCUGUCUUAACCAUGUCAUCUAACUUGCUAUUGUGUAUUUACUCACUUAAGGAGAAAUAGCACAGCUCAUUUCAGGGGGGUAGUUUUCCCCAUUUCCACACAAACCUGCCUUCCUCUCCCUCCCCUCCCCCAUCCUCACAACCAUGUUUAAGAUGCUGCUGUGGCCCCACAUCCCUUUUGGUAUUAACGUGAUCUGGAGAUCUGUUGUAUUAUGAAGAUUCAGUCGGGAUGGAGUCUAAACUAGGCUAAGCUAACAGGCAUCUAACCGGUUGGGAGGAUGGUCCCUCGGUUUUGAGCCCUCCCCUCCCCAGACUUUAUAUAGUUUUGUUGCUGUACCACUAUGGGGAUUUGUUUGUUCAAUAUUCUUUAAGCCCCCCCCCCCCCCCCUUUUUUUUUUGUAAAUUGAGCUUUGCGGCCCUCUUUCUUAGACCUUGCUUUCCGUUGGACUCAUUCAGCUUGCAUGAGAAGGCAGUCUUGGACCACAGACUGAAUACGUGGGUCAUAGUUUCCAUUCAAGACGUGCACACUUUGCAACCCUCCUUCAUUUCCUGUUUGUAAAUCAAAUACAGAGGUUGCCCCCCCCUCCCCCCCAUUUCAGACAGACCUAAUCAAAACAUUUUUUUAAUUACUUGGGAGUUUAUUUUCUGUUAAAUGCACCUUGUAAUUAUACUGUUUUUGUAACCCUCUUUGUUGUAAUAAAUUUACAGAUGAAUCAAA